AUGGCGCACUCAAAGGAGUGGCAGAAGAUGCUGCGGGGUGAGCUCUACUGGGCUGGGGACGAGGAUCUACAAGCAAAUCGGACACGGUGCAAGCAGGCAUGCGAAGAGUACAAUGCCGCUGGCACAGCUACACGACGUCGCAAAGUAGAGCUUUGGCGGAAUAUUGUUGGCGAUACACGACCCUUGCCGCCAGUUAAUUCAGACCCAAAAGAAGAUGAAGCUCUUUUCGAAGAGACAGAUCCCUUCGUCGACGGGCCCAUCUCAGUCGAUCAUGGCCUGAAUUUCAAGGUCGGCAAGGGAACCUUCUUAAACUUCAAUCUUCUAGUCCUCGAUACCUGCCUCAUCACCAUUGGGGAGAACGUCCUCUUUGGGCCCAAUGUCUGCUUGUAUGGGGCAACUCAUCCAAUGGAUCCUGCUGUGCGCCGUGGGUUGAAAGGCCCAGAAGCUGGAAAGGAGAUCCACAUCGAGGACGACGUCUGGAUUGGUGGUAGUGUGCUCAUUCUUGCUGGUGUGCGGGUUGGUAGAGGUAGUACAGUUGGAGCAGGAUCGGUUGUCACCAAAGACGUUCCUCCAUUCCACUUUGUUGCUGGCAAUCCAGCCAGAGUGAUUCGGCGAAUUGAUUCUGAAAUGGAUUCAGACCGGCAGACAUGA